GAGUGGAUAGUGAGAGAUUCCGCCUUCCUGGGCCGUCUCUUCAUGUGACUGUAAUCUAAUGACUUCCUGGUGAGAGCAGGAAGAAGCCGACAGUCCUAGAGACCACUCGGGGGAGGACGAAGCAGACAGUCCUAGAGACCACUCGGGGGAGGACGAAGCAGACAGUCCCAGAGACCACUCGGGAGAGGACGAAGCAGACAGUCCUAGAGACCACUCAGGGGAGGACGAAGCAGACAGUCCUAGAGACCACUCAGGGGAGGACGAAGCAGACAGUCCUAGAGACCACUCAGGGGAGGACGAAGCAGACAGUCCUAGAGACCACUCGGGAGGACGAAGCAGACAGUCCUAGAGACCACUCGGGAGGACGAAGCAGACAGUCCUAGAGACCACUCAGGGGAGGACGAAGCAGACAGUCCUAGAGACCACUCAGGGGAGGACGAAGCAGACAGUCCUAGAGACCACUCGGGAGGACGAAGCAGACAGUCCUAGAGACCACUCGGGAGGACGAAGCAGACAGUCCUAGAGACCACUCGGGAGGACGAAGCAGACAGUCCAGAGGAGAGAAGUUUGGAAAGUGGUGAAAGCUGUUUCUCCCGGAGAGAAGCCUCUGAGGUCUCCAAGUCGGGUCCCUGGAUGGCCGGUUACUUUGUCAAAUGAAGAUCCAUCUACUUAUAUGACUUAUACGGAAAAUGUUGUCCUGUGUGUUCUGCUAAUAAAUACCCCCUGAUGAUCAGUGUGGGGUCUUAGCUGUUCUGAUCCUGUUGUCAUCUCCUCUCUGACCUAUCGUGUUAUGAACUAAGGGCAGAACAGACUGCAAAUCUCACCAUCUGUAAUCUGAAUGCUGCAAGUUUAUUUUUCCAAGAGCUUGCCCAUCUAAGUCCAUAUCGGGACCCCCCAGGGGAAUGCCGCGCAAGGUUAGCGUGGCGGCCUGGGGGGCUGCCCUGUUUAUCUCCUGGAAUGCCAUUCUUCUUCUCUACCUCAUGAGCCGCUCAAAGGCUCCCGACGCUUCAGACCUUACAGCACAUGUGAUCCGAUUGGCUGAAGAAGCCGAAGUAGAGCUAGAGAAACAGAAGGGGCUUCUCCAACAAAUCCGCUACUAUAGUGGAGUACUAAACCACCGGCCAGCUCCACCAAAUGCUGCACGCGGACUCGAGCUGCCUCAGCGGCUUCUCAAUUCUUCUUUCCCAUUGCCAACGCCUGUGGCCUCUGACUCCCGGUCAGCAGUCAUUCCAGUUCUGGUUGUAGCAUGUGACCGGCCAUCAGUCAGGAAGUGUCUGGACUCCCUGCUCAAGUACCGGCCUUCGGCAGAGCAGUUUCCCAUCAUUGUUAGCCAGGACUGUGGCCAUGCAGAAACUUCAAGAGUUAUUGACUCAUAUGGGAACUCGAUCACUCACAUUAAUCAACCUGACCUUUCCGAGGUGCCGGCUCCUCCAGAACAUAGAAAGUUUCAUGGUUAUUAUAAAAUCUCCAGACACUAUAGAUGGGCACUUAACCAGGUCUUCAGGGUCAUGGGCUACAAGUCAGCCAUCAUAGUGGAAGAUGAUUUGGAAGUUGCUCCAGACUUCUACGAAUACUUCCUAAGUACACAUUACCUCCUCCAUAAAGAUCCCACUCUGUGGUGCGUCUCUGCCUGGAAUGACAAUGGGAAGGAGGCUCUAGUGGACACCAAGGGCAGCUCUACUCUUCACCGUUCUGACUUUUUCCCAGGUCUUGGAUGGCUGCUACUUCGAGAGCUAUGGGAAGAACUUGAGCCGAAGUGGCCAGCAGCCUUCUGGGAUGACUGGGUGAGGAGGCCUGAGCAGAGACUUAACAGGGCAUGUGUGCGGCCGGAGCUGCCCCGCACUAGAACAUUUGGAAGAAAAGGUGUCAGCCAGGGUCAAUUUUUCGACACUCAUCUGAGAUUCAUCAAACUGAACCAGGACGCAGUGGCCUUUACAAAGAUGGACCUUUCAUACCUCUUAAAAGAAAACUAUGACCCUUGGUUUGUGGAACAGGUCUAUGGGGCACCAAAAGUUCGGGCAGAAGACGUUCUCCAAGGGCAGGUGCCUGGUGGUAGGACGGUUAGGGUGGAAUACACAACUAGAGACACCUUUAAGGCUAUUGCCAGGGCCUUUGGUGUAAUGGAUGACCUGAAGUCAGGAGUAGCUCGUGUAGCUUACAUGGGAGUUGUAUCUUUUACUCAUAGAGGUAGAAGGGUGUUCUUAGCACCACCUCAAAACUGGGGGGGGUAUGAUCCAUCUUGGACAUAAAGUUAUCUUGUUGCUCUGAGUUAAGAGGAUUACUCAAAAAAAGUGAGACAGGUAGUAAAAGUUUAUUUUUUUUUCUGUGGGAGGUUCAGAUGGUCCAAUGUAUUUAGGUGCUAUUUAGUAUGAGAUUACUGCACCUUAAGGCAGCUCAUGACUUGAAAGAUGCCAUGUACGUGAGUUUCUCUUUUGCCGUGCAGACAAUAAAUGAAGGAAUUCAGAAACCACUUUGAUCUGUCAUAAAGAGAGCCAGCAUCUUGGGGACCUCGGGAACACUGUGGUGACACGGAGCUACACCUACACUCAGGAAGAGAUAAUCUCCGCUAACCAUAGUUCCUGGCAUGGAAGGAGAGCUUGUGUUUUUCAAGUCUCCUUCUGUUUUAUGAAUUCACCUCAAUAAAGUGACCUUUAUAGCCAAAUGAGUUUGAGUCCUAGAGGCAAACUACAACAUGGAUGUCUUUGCACAUAUACAUUGUGUAUGUUUUUUGCAUAUAAAAUUUUUGAAUGUACAAAUCAAAGUGUCCUCACCAGAAUUA